ACGGCUCAUGUCAAUGGUGAUAUGGACGGAUAAUCAUUAAACUUGCAGAAGAAACCUCCAGUAAGCGCUUGCCAUGGAGCGAAGCUACUGUAUAGAAAAUUUUCAUCUUUACCGAAAAAUAUGGAAAUUCCCCCUGGAAUUUUGCCCCGUUGCUGCUACUGCUACAUGUGCAGAAUACAGUCCCUUUUCCGUGAUGAAGGGACCGGGGUUCCUUCACUUCGUUGCAUUCCAACGUCUAGAACCAGAAGGACCAGCACCUCGUUCCGAAAACCCAUUGCUGGUCUGCCACUACGUUGUUUGAGAAGUAAUGGAGAUGACAAUCGCCAAGGUGAACAACGUUUUCAAGGCACAAAUAACGUGGUUAAGAUGCAGCUAACUGAAGAUGAUCAGGAUGCGAAACACCAUCAUAUUUGGAAGUUGUUCAGAGAAGCUCAGCAAAACAUUCUGUACUUAAACAAACAACGCCUUGCAGCCACAGAGGAACUUAACACUAACACAGAAAAGCUGUUGCUGCUCAACAUGUUAGAGAAAUUGGAAGCAGAAAAGCAUGCUGGUUCUGGAAAAGACAACCUGUCAAUUUGUUGGGAGUUGCUGCUUCGGAUUGAUUCAAUGGUUUUAACCAACAUGAUUUCUCCUGGAGAGGCAUCUGAAUUGAGAAGGUUGGUGAUAAAGCACAAAUUGAGUGUGGCUGAUAUUUUUACUGACAUCCCUGGAAGAAGAGACUCUGAGCUUUUGGAAGAACUUCGUCAAUUCUCAGACAGCAGCAGAAAGAAUGCUUUUCAUAUUGUUCACAUUUGCACGGAAAUGGCACCAUUAGUCUCCAGAGGAUCUAUAGCAUCAUACGUGACUGGCAUAUCUUGUGCUCUGCAAAGGAAGGGUCAUCUGGUGGAAGUCAUAUUGCCGAAGUAUGCUUGUUUGAAUCUAGAUGAAGUGCAAGGGCUGCAUGAAGUUAAGGCUGAGGCUUAUUCAUAUUUUAAUGGUCAAGUACUUGGAAACAGAGCUUGGACUGGUGUUGUUCGUGGCAUUGGAGUCACUUUGAUAGAGCCAUUACAGUGCUUAUCCCUUUUCAGCCGCGAAAUGAUAUAUGGCUACCCUGAUGAUUUUGAAAGGUUUUCCUAUUUUUCUCGUGCUUCACUUGACUAUAUAGUAAAAUGUGGAAAGAAACCUGAUAUUUUGCAUAUACAUAACUGGGAGACUGCCAUUGUUGGGCCCCUUUUCUGGGACUUAAUUCUUAAACAGGGUCUGGAGGGUGCAAAAAUAUUACUGACGUGCCAGGACUUAAGUAUGCAGUGUCUGGAGCAUCCAGAUAAAUUGGCCUUAUGUGGGCUUGAUCCUGCAAGCCUCCAUCGUUCUGAUCGUUUGCAAGAUAAUACAAGCACACACCUUGUCAAUAUAUUAAAGGGUGGAAUUGUCUACUCUAAUGGUGUGGUAAUAAUGUCGUCCGUCCAUUCAAAGCACAGAAUUCUUCAUAGUUCAAGUCACGGACUAGAAUCAACUUUAGGUGUUCAUAGGGACAAGUUGGUCAUUGCUCCUUAUGGAUUUGACAAAUUAACAUGGGAUCCUUCAACUGACUGUUUUCUUCCUGAAAAUUUUAAUGCUGAAAAUAUGGAAGGUAAAGCCGUUUGCAAAGUUGAAGUGCAGCAGCGCCUGGAGUUAUCAAAAGAUGCUUCUAAUGUUCUUGUUGGAUGCAUUUUUUCAGAAGGCGUAGACAUUGAUGUGAACAAACUGAAGGAGGUUGUCUGGAACACUGUGAAACGCAAUGUUCAGAUUGUAUUUAUGGGGAAUAGUGAAAGAUUCAUCUUUAAUCAGCCACUGGAAUCGCUUCAGAAAGAAUUAAAGGAUGAAAAUCUGAAAUUUGUGCUCACAUAUGAUGAGGCUUUAUUGCAUUUCUUUGCUGGAUCUGAUAUUAUUUUGUGCCAUUCUCAUGAUCCUGCUGAAGAAGUUCCACUCAAGGCUCUAAGGUAUGGAGCAGCUCCAAUAGUAGUUGACCAUGAUGCUGCUGCCAACAGGAACUUCAUAAAUAUUGAUCACGAGACCACCAAGUACUCGCUGUUCAUCAACUCCACCUUUGGAAACAUGUCUCUUGACCUUGCCGUUGGUGAAAUUAGGGAUAAUCCAUCCAAGUGGGAACGAAGAAUAAAUGAAGCAAUGACAAAGGACUUCUCAUGGGAUGGAGAAUGCUGUGACAUUCAUAUUUCAGCUUAUACAGCUAUAAAGAAUUUGUGAAGGGGGUCUUAUUUCCAUGUAUAUUUAUGCACCGAUCAUUGGUUACUUAAUAAUGAUUAGGGUCUUGCCAGUUGAAUAAGUGAUGAUUUGUUAUUGAAUAAGUUACAUUGAUUUUCUUUGGAUUUUAUUAAUAAAUAUUGUUUUAUUUUCAAAUAA